GUCAAAUGUGUAAAUUGUAAACAAAACAGAAACCCUAAACUCAAACUUUUUCUUAUUAUUUUGAUUGAUAUAAUAAUAAUUAAAAAUAUUGCACUUAAAAGAAAGCUAAUGUUUUUCAAUUUUUGCAAUACGUUAUUCAUUACAAUAAAAAAACUAUAUUCCUAUUACUUAUUAAUAAGUACAUGAAUUAUCUUUUUCCAUGAAUCAAACCAAAGACUAGGUACAAAAUGAUAUGAUAUCAAAUCAAAAUAGAAUAGCGACUCUGCUAUUUUUGAUAAUUCACAAAUAUUCAGUUUGGAUUACCCGCGAAUCUUGAGAUUCCCAAAAAAUUCGUCGCACGCCUCACAUUCCAAUCAUCCAAUGAUCGAAUGGCCUGAACUAUUUUCUAUUUUUAAAUGAAAGAAAUAUGGCGGCUAGCAGAAGUAUCUGCCUUUUUAAAUCGAAAAAAAUGCUCUGGAAUCAGUGAUAAACAAAAUAAUAUGAAGUGUAAUACAUAAAUAUUAGUGUACAUUUUUAUAGUGAAGAAGUGUAGAGACACAUCAAGGUUUUUUUCAGCCUAGUCAACCCCUAAUUAAAUCCUUUUCUGGGUGUAUUUUCAGUUAAAAAGGGAGGUGAGCUUAGAUUCAAAAUGGUUGUUGGAGAAGAAAUAAACAACAUAAUGGGAGGGAUAGAAAACACAGGAACAGUAAAGCAACACAAUCACAAAAAGAAACUUCGUCAAAGAUUUGAUAUAAUAAAAAAAUUAGGACAAGGGACGUUUGGGAAGGUACAAUUAGGGAUUAAUAAGGAAACCGGCCAAGAGGUAGCUAUAAAAACAAUAAAAAAGUCGAAAAUAGAAUCAGAGGCCGAUCUGGUGAGGAUAAGGAGGGAAAUUCAAAUUAUGUCGUCUGUCCAACACCCUAAUAUAAUUCACAUCUAUGAAGUAUUCGAAAAUAGAGAAAAAAUGGUAUUAGUUAUGGAAUAUGCAGCAGGAGGAGAAUUAUAUGACUACCUUUCAGAAAGGAAGGUAUUACAAGAAGAGGAAGCCAGAAGGAUAUUCAGACAGAUUGCUACAGCAUGCUAUUACUGUCAUAAGCACAAAAUUUGCCACAGAGACUUGAAAUUAGAAAAUAUAUUGCUGGAUGAAAACAACAAUGCCAAAAUAGCCGAUUUCGGACUGUCUAACGUCUUCGACGAACAGAGACUGUUGAACACGUUUUGCGGCUCUCCACUUUACGCUUCCCCGGAGAUAGUUAAAGGUACCCCAUACCACGGUCCUGAGGUGGACUGCUGGUCCCUGGGCGUUCUCCUGUACACUCUCGUGUACGGGGCGAUGCCCUUCGACGGAAGUAACUUCAAGAGACUGGUGAAACAAAUAUCCCAAGGGGAUUAUUUCGAACCUGCGAAACCUAGUCCUGCUUCUCCUCUGAUAAGGGACAUGUUGACGGUCAACCCCAGAAACCGCGCCGACGUCGAAAGAAUCUGCACCCAUUGGUGGGUGAACGAGGGCUACAACGACAAUUGCCUCGACAUAUCCGAGGAAUUGGCCAAUCAGACCCCGGUGCGACUAGACGUUCUUUUGUCUUUGGCCCCACCAGCUCCGCAACUGGAAAGCGAAAAGCUCAUGGUAACGAGAGAAGACGAGAGUGCUAGGGUGGAAGGAAUCGCGCCUACUAGAUCCCAAUCUGUAGGAAGUUUGAUGGAACUGACGCAUCCUGCUGAAAGAAGGAUAAUAAAUCUGAUACAAGACGAUAAAGUAGCAUCUAAGCGGAAGCUGGAAACAACCCUGAGCACAGACAGAGCCAAUUUGGAUAAGAGGAAAGACAAGAUCAUCAAAGAAAAUACAGUUGCGGACAUUACAGUUCAUGGAGCCAUGCAGGAGAAUGUCUGCAUGACUGAAAGCGCGCCUCUUGAUAGAAGCUCAACAAAGAUCAUUUCCAAGGAUAUGGAUGUCGAACAAAAUGGAACAGUGAUAGAUCCAUGCCUGGAAGGAGCAGUGUGUGCAGAAAUUUUAGCAGACGCCGAGAAGAUGAAACCUCAGAAGUUGAAGAAAACGCUAUCGACAAGUGUCAGCAGUAAGAUUUUGGAAGGUAUAAAUGAGAUUCCUAGUCAAGAGAAUGUUGCCGAUGUUUUGGAUAAAGAAAACCUCAAAGAAACUAAACAGGAACCAGAAGAAGAGCAAGAAAAACAGGUUCCAGUUGAUACAAACGUCAAGAAGAAACCUGUGAAGAAGAAAGUGUUGUCAGAUAAAAAUGAAAACUUAGCUGAGACAGAGGAAAAGUCCGCUGUAGAAGAGAAACUUGAGCAUCAAGAAACGAAACAAGUUGAAGCGGAGCCCCCCUCCAAACCAAUCGAGAGGAGAAAGUCGAAAAUCUUCGAAGCAGCGGAAAAAUUCCAAAGCAUGAUCACCCCCACCGAACCCAAGCCGAAAGCCAUCGAAAAACCAAAGAAAAUAGUAAUACCAGGCGUCAGCGUGGACGGUUUCAAAAAGGAGUUCGAACGAAAAGCGAGUCUCACCUCCACUUCUCCGCCAAAGCUCAAAGGUGCCUUAAGCAAAAAGCUCAUCCUGGACAAAAAACCAGAGGAGGACAAAGUGCCAGUUCCUAAAAAUAAGACUGACGACGAGAAGAAAGAGCUAGUGCGGAACGCUGUUAGCAUCAUCUCCAGUGCCUUAGACAAAGACAAGGACGGGACGAGGAAGUCCAAGUCGCGGCCUUGCAUGAUGCGGAAGCCGCCGGUGCCGUUCGGGGUCGGCGGUCGGUCGGCUUCGGGGAACAUCGGAAUGCUCACUUCGUCUCCUUUGUCUCCCCCACCUGGGCCCAAACCGUUCGUCAAGCAGAAAUUCGAGCAGUUGGAAAUCAAGCAGGUGGAGGAUCAAACACCAAUGCCCGCAGACGAUAGCAAGACCUCCUCUGCCGAGAUCACUCUGAAAUCGGCGACCCUGCCAAGGCGGAAAACGACCAAAGCCGAAAUAAAGUUGAAUUAUCCGGUGCCGAAACCGUCAGCAGUUGGAUUCAAGACUGAGAUGGCGCACAACGUUGGAAGUUAUCCCGGUACUGAGGUUGUCGUUCCUGUCGCUCCUCCCACAACUGCGAUUGGGUUCAGGAGUGUUUCAUCAGAUCAAAAUCGUUUGAUGAAAGGGACUUCUAAAGAAAGAAUCAUACCGAUAUCAUUUGAAAGGGGAGAUUCCACACCAGAGUCUGUGCAAUCUCCUCCAGCAAAGCCUCCUAUGCCUAAACCUUUCCAGACUCAGAGAUCGGACGUUUCUCAAAGAUCCAACUUGUCGAGACAGUCCACUCAGGACUCCGACACGGAGACCGUGGCCUCGUCAGGCGGGGAACCUAUCAAGAAGUCGCCCAGGGAGUACAUCAUCCCCAUCGCUGUCGAGGGCGGGGGGUACGUCACCCCUAGGGCGGGCAGUCUGGAACCGAGCGAGUCGGGCAGCGCGGCGAGUACAAUGACGAACAGGAGCAAGAGUCGCUUCGGCAGGUCGAGGAGGAUGAAUUCUCUCUUCGGCGAUAGAGAGUCGGAAGAUGAAUCUUCUCCAUUUUCAACCUUACGCCGUCACGGUUCCACUGGCAAAGAAAGCGACAACGAGGAUUCCAAGAGAGACGUUUUCCACAUGCACAGGCUUAGGAGCACCCGGCCCAAAAAGUCUAAUCUUGAACAUGCAGAUUCCUUGAGUUCUGGUGAAGAAGACGAUGAUGACGGCUUCGAAAUAUUGACUGCUGAAAACCUGUUUUCUACUCUUCUGUCUCGGGUUAGAGACUUGACCCAAAGGCUGAACGUCGAUGAUGGAGUGAGACCGGGCUUUCCUUCUAGUCGAUUAUUGAGUCACUUCGAUCAGGGCACGAAUUUCUGGAACAGGAUGGAUCACCCACUCUCGAGGCAUUCUUCUUUCGGAAGAACUUUGAACAGAGAUCGCCCCAUAUCGAAAACGUCGACCGGAAACAGUUUCGGGGUACCGUGGCGAAGGAGUGUCAGCAGAGACUUAGCUACCGACAUCGACAGCGUCUUCAACAAUGCCAACGCUCCUGUUCAACGUCCCACCGGAGAUAACCAGAAGAACGAAAACCUCAAUUUAGCCGACCUUGAUUUGAAAAAACUGAAACUCUCCGAAGAAGAUGCUUUAGCUUUAUCUUACUUGACACCAGGCCUAUCAAAGCGAAUACAAAAACAAUUGCUAGCUCAAUUGGCGCCAUCUGAAGCAAAAAAAUUGCAUCGUACCAUGUCCGCCCAUAACCCAGAAGAAGAGGUAACUGAUUCCAAGUUCACUCGAAGGUCACCUGUCGGAAGAAUAUCUUCUACUCUACCCCGAAGAUUCUCCGUUGAGAGAAACAACUCUGCUCUGAAAGACGAAUUGGGUAGGCCCAAAGAGACCAAUUUGCGCAUGCCAAGAUCCUUCCUUCCUGUUAAACGUGACGAGUAUACACCUUCUCACGAAUUCAGUGUUAGGUCGUCCAGUAUUGGCGCAGAGCCGAGAUGUGAUAAUAGAUUUGCAUACGGAAGACCCAAAGUUGCUAAGUCUCAGUCAGUACGUGAACCCAGGACAUACUUAUCGUCCAGGUGUAACAUCCAAAGUCCAGAUUCCAGUUUUUCUGAGAGCCUCUCUUUAUCUAAUAGAAAUGAUAGUCUAGAAAGCAGCUCGAAAUGUGUUUCAGACUCGUCUGCCUCGAGACCUUACUCCAAAUACUCGUCUGACUCUCUUUAUACAAGGUAUUCGCCGAACAAGUCUAUGCAAUCUUUGGUGGAAACAGAUACCAACAAGUCUGAUUUGAAAAGGCCGUGCAGUACUAGGAAAAUAUCCAGGUUUCUGCGACCUGACUUUUAUGAUACACCUAAAGAAGACAGCGUCUAUUUCAAAGAAAAAAAAGAAAGAGAAAUGGAAACCCAAAAGGUAUUGAAAGAGAUAAGGGAUAAGAGAAAGGGCAGACUUAGAGAACAAUCAGCCUGUAGAGAAAAACAACUGGACAAGGGAGCCGAUGAUAAUAAGAAAAGAGAAGACAUCGCUAAAGAUACUAACAGUUUACUCAAUAAUGUUUCUGAUAGUAUCAAAAACCUGGAAAGCAAUGUGAAAAGUGCACAUGAUUAUGUUAAUCUGUCUUGCUCAAAUAAUAACACGAAACCGCAAAGUGAACAAAAAGACAAUUCCGAUUCAUCUAAAGCUCUGCACGACUACGUGAAUGUAAAGGCAGCUGUAAAUGAUACUACAAUUGCUAAGAAAGGAAAGGUAUCCAGAUUAGUGAGACCUAAAAGUUAUCCUGCUGAAACUCUGAUGAAAGAAAAGAUGAAAGAAUCGCCAGAAAAAGAAUCCAAGAUGAGCAGGAUACGAAAAGGAUUUACUCGACAGUCUAAAGAGAAGACCAAAGAAGACAAGAACGAGGCUAACAAAAUUAUUAACGAAGAAGAGAAAGGUCAUAAAAACAAAUUGCUCCUGUCGAUAGAGAAAAAGUUGGAGAAAUUCAGAACCUCGAAAGACCCUCAAGAAAUCAAGGAGCUACAAGAGAAAAAAUCAUCUGUAGAGAAUGCUAUUCGACGACUUCGUGAACAAAGUUUACCCAGAAAUUUAGAGCAUGGUACGGAAUCUGGCCUGAUCAAAAGGGCAGUAUCAGUAGAGGAUCUAUCUAGCACAAAACCGCUGCAAGCUUCAAGAAAAUCAGUUACCAAAAUACUGGGCCUUUUCAAAAAAUACGAAGAGCAAGAUAUCAAAAAAUCCACUAAGAAACCCAAAAGCAAAACUUCUAAAAGUAGUGAUAAAAAGAGUGAAAAACCUACUGAUUCUGUGAUGGAAACCGAUAAAGUCAAUUCUAGUGCUAGCAAAAGCGAACUUUUGAGCGAAUCUAGCUUGUCAGAAAUUUCUGAGAAAAAAGAACGACCCCGCUCAUUACUACUCGAUAAAAUGAAACAAUUUCAAAAUGGUGCUAAAAGUGAUACUGUAUUAAAUAAUAACAAGGAGUUGAAAGCCAAAUCGAAGUUGCCUGUCAAUACCUUUAGACGUAGUUUAAACUUAGACAACCUACCUGAACCUCCUAAGUUCUACAAUACCCCUACCAACUCUAACCUAACAGAAAGUAAUGAUAAAAAACUGGAUAGAAAACAUUUGAAACUGGACCUUGGUAAAAUCCCAAGUAAAAACGAAACUGUAACCAUACCAGAACCAGUUCCUUGUACUAGCAACUGUGAACGCGUUUCUAGAGAGAACAGAAACUCAUACACGACUACAGAUGACAGUUCAACUGUGCUAUCACCAUCUGACGACUAUAUGAGUUGUGAUUCCUGGUCAGUUGGUUCAGACUUCCAUCACAUCAACGAAUUGCAUUCGCCAUUAUCUCCGAACGGCUAUAUUUAUUCAGGCGAUGAACAUGAUUCUGUGAUAGACAGGAUCAGAAGAAAGAGUUUUUACACUAGGUUCAACGAGAGGAAGAAAACCCGCAAGCCGAAUUCCUUCAAAGACCUCGACUACAGCUCUCUAGAUCACAGGAAUUACGAUGUACGAAAUCCAGUCGCCCGUAGAUCUAGUUUCAACCAACAGGAAUCCGCGAAAUCUUACAGACCUUACAGCAGAAGUUCCUCAUUGCUGAACGAUUAUGUCAAUGUACCUAACCGUUAUCAGACCUAUAAUUCGAAAACCAGUCGACCAGUGUCGUCCCUUUACUCUGAUUCUGAAGAUAACACUCUGGAUGAUAUACGGUCAACUGCUGAAUCUAGAAAAUACAGUUUACAUUCGCAGCCAUCCCGAUUAGGUAGAACAUCAGUCUCACCUGUGAAUGAAUGUUUUUUUGAUAAGGGUUCAUCGUCUGCAAUGCCACAUACCAGUUCAGAUCCUGUUUAGUUUAAAAAUAUACAGUUCCAUCGAUAAUUAACCUUUGACUCGUAAUGAUAGCAAUAUCUAUAUUUUUUUCAACUCGGGAUAUGUCAAAAUUGGGUUCGCCAUUACAAAUUAUGAACAAAUUUUCAGUUUGAACUCUUCAAGUUUGUUGAAUAUUGAGGUUUUUGUACUUCUUUAAUGCAAUAUAUUAUUUUUAUGAAUCGAAUGAACACCAAUGACAUUUGAUGAUUUAUUCAUUGCUUACAAAUCUCUAUUUUCUGAAUAUGAUUCUUUCUUUUUUCAUUAUUCAAUAUUAUGAAUUUAGAUUCUUGAGCUGCUAUUAUAUUUAAUUAUAUAAAAAAUAUUUCUUUAAAAGCGUAAUUCUUUUUUUUUUCAUAUUCUGUAUCAUUAUUUGUUUUCCUGAAAUAUUCUUUAUAUGUUUGUAAUAGUAGGUAUUUAUUAUUUAUUUAUGUACAUGUUGUUUGUUUUUUAUUUAUUGCAUAUUUAUCUUUAUUUGAAUCUCUGAGGUCAUAAUCUCACACAUAUAUUAUGUAGCUUUUUAAUUUAUCAAUUUAACAAUUGGAUUGAAAAUUAUUUUAAUUAUCAUAAACUAUUAAAAAUAGUAAUUAUUGUUGAAGUUUGAACAAUUUUAAUAACAACAUUGUUGACUCGAAUAUCUUUAUUGCAGAUCUCUUAUUUAUUUUGUGAAUCAAUUUUCAAUAUUGUUAUAUCACUCCUCCAAUAUGUUGAAUUUUUGUGUGAGUUGUUAGAGUUGUAUGUUGAAUUUUGUGAUUUUAUAAAAUGAACUCACUGAAUAGUA